AUUCUGAAAGCCACCAAUCAUUUUCAUCCACCAAUAAGCCUUGGGGAAGGAGGAUUUGGCCUUGUUUAUAAGGGAAAGCUGGAAGGAGGGCAAGAUAUUGCAGUGAAACGGUUAUCAAAGGAGUCGAGGCAAGGGCUGGAAGAACUCAAGAAUGAAGUCAUCUUAAUCUCUAAGCUUCAGCAUCGGAAUCUUGUUAAGCUUCUCGGAUGCUGCAUCCAAGGAGAUGAAAGCAUGCUCAUCUAUCAAUAUCUUCCUAACAAAAGCUUAGACCUAAUCUUAUUUGAUGAAACAAAGAGUAGAUCUCUCGACUGGCAAAAGCGCUUCCACAUUAUCAAUGGGAUUGCAAGAGGGCUCUUGUAUCUCCAUCAAGAUUCUCCCUUGAGAAUAAUACACCGCGACCUCAAAGCCAGCAACAUCUUACUGGAUUCUGAGAUGAAUCCCAAGAUAUCAGACUUUGGAUUGGCAAGGAGUUUCGGAGGGAACGAGACUGAAGCGCAGACGCGUCGUGUUGUUGGAACAUUCGGAUACAUGUCACCCGAGUAUGCAGUGGAUGGCUUGUUUUCAGUAAAAUCAGACGUGUUCAGCUUCGGCGUGUUAGCACUAGAAAUUGUGAGUGGGAAGAAAAACAGAGGAUUUGCCCACACUGACCACCGCCUCAACCUUCUUGGUCAUGCAUGGACACUCUACCAAGAAGGGAGGUUGGCGGAGCUGGUGGACACGUUCCUAAACGGAGAAUUUGAGUAUGCGGAGGUGGAAAAAUCGAUAAAAGUAGGUCUGCUAUGUGUGCAGCAGAAUCCAGAAGAUCGGCCAAAGAUGUCGACUGUGGUGUGGAUGUUGGGGAAGGAAGGUGAGAUUCCGGAAGCAAAGCAUCCUGGUUUCUUCACAGAAAGACAACUAGUUAGUGGUGAAGCUGUAGCAUCAACCAAUGAUGUCACUAUUACCAUCCCACACCCCAGAUAGACACCAUACAAAUGAUGGAGCUGCUCUAAUUUUGAUAGCUGGUUCAUACUUCUCAUUGUCACUAUUUCAUUCUUUGAUCCAAUCUCAUUUGGCACCUCCCAAAGGAAUGAUGCAGCUGCUUUCGAACUCUGAAGGCAUUAAUCACUCUACUGCUUGGCCAACACAUGAAAAAAAAAGUGAUU